AUGUCCCCAUCCAUCGAGCUUACCACUACUCCUCGCCCUAAUCCUUCUGUUACAUCAAAAUCCACACCGAAAGCCCAUCUCAUCCUCAUUGUAACCUCCCUCUACCUCGGCACCUUCCUCGUAGCCCUCGACACCAUAAUCCUCAACCCCAUCCUACUGACCAUAACCAAAACCUUCCACGUCCUCGACCAUCUCGCAUGGUAUGGAACCUACAUUGGGGAAACUGUAUAA